AUGGCGAAAAUAUAUAAGAAUUUAGUGCUACGGUUUCUGGCAGUGUUUGUAGGUUGUAUUGGGAUGGCGAUAGCUGGUUCUAUUUUUAUUUUUAAUGCCUACUCGAAUGCCAUUAAGAAGAAAUUCGGCUACAAACAAUCUGAUGUUGAGAUGAUGGCAGCGUUAGGUAAUUUUGGUAUUUCUAUUGGAUUUCCAGCAGGGUUUAUGUAUGAGAAGGUUGGUGCUAGAUGGACAUCGUUCACAGCUCUGAUAUUAACUUGUCUGGGUUUUAUGAUGUUGUAUACAACCUAUAAUGAUGUCGAGUUUUAUAAAGAUCAUGCCUAUUUACAGGAUAUCUACUUCUUCUUGGCAGCCCAGUAUUCAGUACUAAGUGUUGAUAAUUUCUAUACAAACUAA